CUAAAGAAUGAAUACGUGACCAUUGCGUACUAAUGAACAGCCAAAAGCACUAGCAAUUGUAUCAACAGAACGCAGCGAAUUGCAGCGAACAAACAACACAAUGGACGAUCAGACCUUGGAAUCCUCGGGAUCCGCGAUCACUCCCCGGAUGUCGAUCUGUCUCAAGGCAUCUAGAGACGAUCCGGACAUGGCCUUGUUCUUGACUGAGAUCGAAGACGACGGUUUUAGCCUUGAGGACAACAACGCCGAGAACGACAACCCGCCCAGCAAAGACGAGCCUUCCAGCACCAGCAACCACCGUUCCAAAACGAGGCGUUCACUCCUCUCAUCGUCGUCGAUUCUGUUGACCGGCACACCGCAUUCAAUUCUGUCGCCAUCAAUGUCGUAUGACUCGGUCACCACGAAUACAACAACAAAAAUGCCGACAGAGGACGAAACCGAUACCCAGUUCGGAAAAUCAAGGCAACGGGGAAAACGACGAAAACCUGGCAACGAUAGGGUUCGGUUUUCAGAGAGCGUUCACUUUCGUAACUAUAUGCACGUGACGGAAAUUACCAGCGAAGAACGAGCGGCCGCGUGGUUUUGUGGCUCAGAGUAUCGGACCAUCUUCCGAAACAACAUGCGAAUCAUACGGAGCAUCGCAAAGAGAGAAAAGGAACUCAAAAAGACUAUUGCCAAAAGAAAAAAAGAAGAACAAAAACUGAAAAAGAAACUGAAAAAGAACAAGGGAAAGCACAGCAACAAUAGUAACGAGCUUGGAAGCUGCAGUGAUUGCGGAUUGUGCGGAGACAAAAGCGACCUAUACUGGGAGGAAAUCAUCUCUAUCGAGCGUGACGAAGAACAAGGGUACAGCGUUCGGGGAAUCGAAAACGAAAUCCCAAAAAAGAGAAAGAAGCGAGACCAGGUGUAUUUGCAAGCCAAGUAUACCAUCCUAUCUCUGCAGGCAGAUCUUGACGCACAUAUGGAGGCUAUGCAAGACGAGUACGAGGAACGAAUGCAGAAGCUCAUCGAGGGUUUUUCCAGAACGAAGAACGGCAAGAAGAAGAAACACGAUCGCCGCAACUCGUUUUCUAUGUCCUCGUCCUCUGCGCAGCAGAUGGAGCGAGACGAGCGAACCGAAAAGGAAAUCCGGGACAUAACCGCAACUAACAAGUUCCAGUUUGCCCAGUACGCACAGAGCCAAUACAACAACAUGAUCGAGGCCAUUGCCGAGCGCUACAGCGAAAUUUGUAAGCAGCAUGCAAAGAAUGCACUGGAAGCUGGUUGCGGGGACGAGCGAACGGCGCGCGCCAUCGAUUGGCUCGAGGAAUCGUCGCGGCGAAACUCGGUGGCCGUUGAGUCGGCCUCGAAGGGAGUGUUGGUAGACACAGCGGUUCUUUCCGACGACGCUGACGACAAGCGACGGCCCUCGACCAGCACUACCGUAACUGAUAACGAAACCAUAAUACCCCCUCUUUCAAUGAGAAGUAUUGACGAGGCAAGGAACAGCGAUGAGGUAGAGAGCCUGAAGGAAACCAUCAGUAAGAACCAGGCAGCAAGCCGCAUGAAACGCGCUAGGAAGUUCCUGCGUAGGUUAACGAUGUGAAACAAGUGGGUUGUUUCUUCGCUAUCAUGCGAUGUGCUUUCGAUUAUUGUGAAUCGGAUCUGCGCACUCGCAAAAGACUUGGAAUUUAUUUAAAGAGCCAUACACAAACCAUUCAUUUGAGAUUAAGAUUUUUAUCAUUCAAUUUAUACAGAUCCGUUCGGAGCGACUCUUCUCGUUCAUCAAAGUCGUGUACGAUCCGAAUAAACGUAAAUGCAACAA